GCCAUGGCGGACACCGAGAAGCUCAACCUCGACUCCAUCAUCAGCCGCCUCCUGGAGGUCCAAGGGUCGCGGCCGGGGAAGAACGUGCAGCUGACGGAGAACGAGAUCCGGGGGCUGUGUCUCAAGUCGCGGGAGAUCUUUCUCAGCCAGCCCAUCCUGCUGGAGCUGGAAGCACCCCUCAAGAUCUGCGGAGACAUCCACGGGCAGUACUACGACCUGCUGCGGCUUUUUGAGUACGGGGGCUUCCCCCCCGAGAGCAACUACCUGUUCCUGGGCGACUACGUGGAUCGGGGCAAGCAGUCGCUGGAGACCAUCUGCCUGCUGCUCGCCUACAAGAUCAAGUACCCUGAAAACUUCUUCCUGCUGCGCGGCAACCACGAGUGCGCCAGCAUCAACCGCAUCUAUGGCUUCUACGACGAGUGCAAGCGGCGGUACAACAUCAAGCUCUGGAAGACGUUCACCGACUGCUUCAACUGUUUGCCCAUCGCCGCGAUCGUGGAUGAGAAGAUCUUCUGCUGCCACGGAGGGCUGUCUCCCGACUUGCAGUCGAUGGAGCAGAUCCGGCGGAUCAUGCGCCCCACGGAUGUGCCGGAUCAGGGCCUGCUCUGCGACCUGCUCUGGUCCGACCCCGACAAGGACGUGCAGGGCUGGGGCGAGAACGACCGCGGCGUCUCCUUCACCUUCGGGGCGGAGGUGGUGGCGAAGUUCCUGCACAAGCACGACCUGGACCUCAUCUGCCGGGCGCACCAGGUGGUGGAGGACGGCUACGAGUUCUUCGCCAAACGCCAGCUCGUCACCCUUUUUUCGGCGCCCAACUACUGCGGAGAGUUCGACAACGCGGGCGCCAUGAUGAGCGUGGACGAAACGCUUAUGUGUUCAUUUCAGAUUUUGAAGCCGGCCGACAAGAACAAGGGCAAAUACGGGCAGUUCAGCGGGCUGAACCCCGCGGGCCGCCCCGUCACCCCUCCCCGCAACUCUGCCAAAGCCAAAGCAUCAGGUCGCUUUUCUUUCGACUCGUUUUUUAUUUGUAUGAUCCUGCCCCCCCCCCUUGCCACGCUCCACCGAACCAAAUACAGCCCCCCCUUCCAGGGCAGGGACCGCCGGGGCGAGGGGGGAGCCCAGAGCCCAGCCCUGGGAUGGCAGUGGAGUGGGGGGGGCAGGAGGAUUUUUUGGGAAUAAACUUGUAAUGGGUCGUGGGGGGUGCCUGUGUUUGGGGGCCGAUGCUGGG